CAUGGCACAACAUGGCACGCGCGCAUAUCGCAAUCGUAGCGAGGUAAAUAAAUAUCGCGAAAGUCUAAGCUUGCCUACUUAUUUGGUCACACUCACCCCGGGAGUUUAGGAGUGAUAUAUGAGAUGAAACUUUAUUAAAUAAUACAUACAUCAAUGUCAUGUAUGUUAAAAUGCAUGCAAAACGAAAUGUUUUGGUAUUUCUUUUCUUCGCAGUGAUUUAUAAUUGUAUUAUAAAAUGGCAGCCAUUGUUAUUUGUUUUGUAAUUAUGUAUUCUAAAUACUUUAUUAAGAUUGUAGAUAAGGUUACUUGCUGUGUUAUUAAACAUCACCUAGCAAAUAUAAAGUUAAAAUGAAAGAUUUGGUUAAAAUGACCACUUUCUUUAUUUUAAUUUGACAAAGCGUUACAUUAUAUGAUUUAUAAUAAAGAUACAUAUUGAUUUGAUCAGAGAAUGCGAUGCGUUUGAUGACUGAUAAACCAUAAGGUGUAUCGAUACACGUAAAAUAAGAUAUUUAUUUUUAUCGAACAUUCCAUAAGAAAGGUGAUUACAAGAAGAAUUAACAAUGGAUGUCAGUUCAUUAUUUAAAGCCAGCGUGAAGACAGUUAGUCUUCGUAAUAGAGAUCUUGGAACUAUCAAUAGUAUAAGAAAUCUGAAGAAAGUAAGAAGCAAGAGCGCAUUCUUUGUAAAAGCUCAAGGUGUAGUUGCACAAAUAUCAAAGUUACGUGAAUUCUUAAUAGAGAAUCGCAAAGCAUACUUAAACUUUUCAAAUUAUUUGCCAAAUGUACCAAGUAUGACUGAUGUGGACCGUGAUCAGAUCGAUGUAGGUGCACAAAAAAUAAUGAGUACUUGUUCUCAGUUGAUCAAGGAAUUGAGAAGAGAAAUUGCAGGCUGCGAAGUUUCUCCACAAAAUUUGGAGCAUAGAGAAAUUAUGUUGCUGUUAAUAGAAGAUUAUUUGAAGAAUGUUUGCAAAAUUUAUUCCGAACAAAAAGCAAUGAGGGUAAAAAGAGCAAUGGAGAUAAGAAAAAUUGCCAAGUUGGAAUUAAAUUCAAAAUCUGUGAGACAGUUGGAACUCGAAGCGAAAAGAGCCGCCGCCGCCGCCGAGUCGAAUACAAGCGAAACAACAACAGAAGAUAAAGAGAACAAGAUUAGUUCGAAUAAUUCUAGCCCGAUGAAAAUACAGGAAAUAAAUGGUGAUGUAAACGCGUUAAUGUACGAAGAGGAGGAGAUAUCAGCCGAUGAUAUACAACUGUUUGAAGCAGAAAAUGAACAGUUGUACAACGAACUUAACAUGCUCACGGAAGAAGUUAAACAAAUCGAAACCAAGGUUGUGCAUAUAGCAGAACUUCAGGAGAUAUUCACAGAAAAGGUAUUAGAUCAGGAUAAGGACUUGGACCGUUUGACGACAACAGUUGUCGGGUCGACGGAGAACGUGAAGGAAGCUAAUGAACAAAUUAGACAAGCGAUUCAAAGGAAUGCAGGACUUAGAGUGUGGAUUCUCUUUUUCCUUUUAGUAAUGUCGUUUUCUCUAUUGUUUCUUGAUUGGUAUAAUCCUUAAAAUAAAAAUCGUAUAUAUAUAUUAUUUUAUUAAACGUUUUGUACAUACACUCAAAGAAUGUUGUACAUUAUUCGAAAUGCUACUAUAAACCUUGUAUGCUUAUUAGUUUUUAAACGACAAUGAACAAAGUUUUGCCAAAAUAUGUCACUGUAUUUUAUCCCCAAACAUUUUACAUGAUAACUACAUCUUACAUAAUAAAAUUUAUCGUAUAUGUAUAUAUUUACUUAUAUACACAGACAUUCGCACAUGUGCACUUUCCACAUACAUUUUUAUCAUUUUAUUGAUAUUUGGUCUAACAGAGAAUCAUUCUGUAAACGAAUUACUGAAAAAGUUGUAAACACGGUAAAGAUACGGUUUUAGUAUCUUUCAUUGUUAAAAAUCAUUAAUGCUACCUUAAUUUGAAGUAUUUAUAGGCAACUCGCUUGAUAUUUAUUAUUUUCUUUUCUUUUUUCUUUUUACGGAACAUAUUA